GCGGGGGGGCUUCCGGCGGGGAGCGGCGGCCCGGCGGCUCCUUCUGGGAAGGCGGGGGCCCGCAUCCUCCACGCCCCUCGGCCGCUCCGCUGCUCCGCCGGCCCGCCUCUCCCUCGCCAUGUCCGCCCUGGAGAAGCAGCUGCAGCUCGGCCGCCUGCCCCCGCGUCCGCCGGGCCCCGCCGGAGGCAGCGGACAGGCCCCGCCCAAGAUGCGCAUGGGGCCUGGAAGGAAGCGCGAUUAUAGUCCGGUUCCCUGGAGCCAAUAUUUUGAAUCUCUGGAAGAUGUCGUGGUGGAGACCGACUCCGGCAAGGAUACUUUUCGUGUGUACAAGAGCGGUUCCGAAGGUCCGGUUUUGCUCCUCCUUCACGGCGGGGGUCAUUCCGCGCUGUCCUGGGCCGUCUUCGCCGCCGCCAUCGUCAGCCGGAUCCAAUGCCGGAUCGUAGCGUUGGAUCUCAGAGGACACGGUGAGACGACAGUGCGGAAUCCCGAUGACCUCUCUGCGGAGACAAUGUCCAAAGACGUUGGCAAUGUGGUCGAAGUCAUGUAUGGCGACCUCUGCCCUCCCAUUAUGCUGAUCGGGCACAGCAUGGGAGGGGCCAUUGCCGUCCACACAGCCGCGUCCAACCUGGUGCCAAGCUUGUUGGGCCUCUGCAUGAUCGACGUGGUGGAAGGGACGGCUAUGGAUGCCCUCAACAGCAUGCAGAACUUCCUUCGGAGUCGCCCGAAGACGUUCAAAUCUCUGGAAAACGCCAUCGAGUGGAGCGUGAAGAGCGGGCAGAUCAGAAAUCUCGAAUCCGCAAGAGUGUCCAUGUUCGGCCAACUCAAACAGUGCGAGGAAUCCGUGAGUCCCGGAGGCCCCAAAGCCAUCGUGGAAGGGAUUAUAGAGGAGGAAGAGGAGGAGGAAGAGGAGGGCGAAAACGGGGAAUCUCUCCACAAGAAGAAGAAAGAUGACGACGUGGAGACCAAGAAGGAAGCCACGUAUACCUGGCGGAUCGAACUGGCCAAAACGGAGAGAUAUUGGGAAGGCUGGUUCAGCGGCCUCUCCAACCUCUUCCUCAAUUGCCCUGUUCCCAAGCUGCUGCUUUUAGCAGGUGUGGACAGACUGGAUAAAGACCUCACCAUUGGCCAAAUGCAAGGGAAAUUCCAGAUCCAGGUUCUCCCCCAGUGCGGCCACGCGGUCCAUGAGGAUGCUCCGGAGAAAGUAGCGGAAGCCGUGGCAACGUUCCUGAUCCGUCACAGGUUCACAGAGCCCAUCGGCGGAUUUGAAUGUGUUUUUCCUGCUUGUUAAUACCCCCCGACGGGCCCUUCUGCACCUCUUGUAAAUAGACCAACAUCGGAAGCACCACCGCAUAUCCCGUGUCCUCCUCGUCAUCCGCUCCGACCCAUCGGCACAAAUCUCGUCGCGGACAAACUGGGUCUCCAGCUCGUUUCUUUUUUUUUUUCCGUUUCUCUCGCCAUUUCAUCCUGGCUGGGCCACCCUCCCCUCCUUUGUCCCUUCCCGAGAUCAUCGACAGAUCCUGGCUUGUUACCUGCUCCCGGAGGCUAAUCCGGGAUGUCCGGGUAAACUCCGCCCUUGGGGAAAUCUCGCCAAACUUUCCUCGUUUCGCCCACUCCGCACUCGUGUGUACGUUACCACCGUUUUUUUUACCGCCUACGUUUUGUUCUCCCACGCAUGAAAGGGGGCGGCCUUCCCCAAACCGGGCGCCACCCAAACGCACCCAGCGCCCAGUUUCCAAAAUUGCUAGCUAGCCACUGAUUCGGCUGCAACCCCAGCAUGUUUGAACAGUGCCAGGCUGAAUUGUUUUCUCUGUGUCUACAGUGUUUGUGCACCUCGGUGACUUUAAGAUGGGGGGACUAUAACUCCCAGAAUUCCCCAGCCAGCUCUGCUGGCUGGGGAAUUCUGGGAAUUAUAGUUCCCAUGAGUCUUUAAAGCUGCCAAACAAACACGGUUUUGGGAAGCCUGGCACAGCACAACCAGGAAAGGAAUCUGCCCCUGUUGAAUCUCCACCUGCUUAAAACAUUUGCUGAUCCGUCGUCAAACCAAUUCCCCCCCCCCCUUCUAGAUCCACAUCCGGGAAUGCCACCAAUUUUUUUUGCGCGGCCACAAAAGGUUUCCAGAUGUUGCCUCUGAACCCACUGGCUUUCCC